AUGGUCGGAAUACAAGCUUACGCCACCGGGGCGGUCACCGCCUUUGUCCUCGCUGGUCAGGCAGCUGGAGUAGUAGUAGGAAGAACAACGGGAGUGCAAUCUAAGUACUCAACAUGGAUGGCCUCAAGUAUCAUGGCUCGCAGCCAGGGCAUCAGGACCGGCAAUGGAGGUGUUUCGGAGCUCUUGCAGUGCGGUUUCACGCAACGCGCUCUCUUGGCAGCCACGGCGCAGUACCCGGAAGACACGGAAUUCGUGCCCCGCGCACGCGAUUACAUCCGCAACAGCGCCUUAUCCGUGAUCCCCUCGGUUAGCAACGCCAGCUACGAUGCGGUAUCAUGGCCGAUGGACCGUCUUUCUAACGGAAACGCGCUCCUCAUACUAUCCGACAGCAGCGAUAGCGAGGCGGCCUCGUUCCGCACCGCGGCUGACACGCUACGUGAGAGUAUUAACUUGAACCCGCGCACCUACGAGGAUGGUCUCUGGUAUUACCACUACCCACAGCAGAGCUACUUGGACGGCAUGUUCUCGUUGGCCCCGUUCUACACUAUCUACGCGACCCACUACGCUGCCACGAGCAACAACACCGCUUCCUUGGAUGAUAUGCUGCACCAGAUCGAGCUACUCUGGAACCACACCUACAAGGCCGACUCCGGCCUCUUGGUCCACGGCUACGACGCCUCUAAGGCCGCAUCAUGGGCCGACCCGGUAACCGGCGCCAGCCCGCACGUCUGGGGCCGCAGUCUAGGAUGGUACUCCAUCGCACUCGUCGAAACCCUCGAAGUCCUCCCCACCUCGCCCCAAAUCCCGACUAAGUACCGCGAGUAUCUUCUCAAGAAGUGGCGUUCCCUAGCCGGCGCUCUAAUUGAUCACGUUGACCCAACAACCGGUGGAUGGUGGCAAUUGCUCGACCAACCCGGGCGCGAGGGCAAUUACAUCGAGUCGAGUGGCAGCUCCAUGUUCACCUACGCUCUGCUCAAGAGCGCGCGUCUGGGAUACUUGGGUAGCAAUGCUACGCUCGCGUCGAAGGCGGUGGAGACUGGUGUGCGUGCGCACAAGUACAUUACAGAUACGUUUGUGAUACACCAAGCCAACGGCACGUUGGAGUGGAACGGGACGGUUGCGGUGUGCAGUUUGAACUCGACGGCUUCCUACGACUACUACAUCCACCAGCCUAUCCUCUUCAACAGCGUGCUCGGUUCCGCCGCCUACGUUUUCGCGUCUCUCGAGACUGAACGCCUGGGAGGACAGUGA